AGGCCAGGGUGCUGGUCCUCUUGUCUCGUAGCAGGCAGCGGGGGGCACUCGGGGGAGUAUUUAGCAGGACCAGCCGAGCAGGGGAAGGAAGUUGCCCGCUGCCACCGGUCGCCAUUACUCUAUUCCUCAUCUCGCAAUCCAUCCAUCCAUCCACUGCGAGCGAGCGAGGCGGAGGGGAAGAGCAGGAGGGAGAGGGGCGCCAUGUUGGGCCAUCUGGUUGGGCUUGUGAAGGUGCGGGUGCUCAGGGGCGUGAACCUGGCCAUCCGCGACCUCUGCUCCAGCGACCCCUAUGUCGUCAUCCGCAUGGGCAAGCAGGUUAAUUUCCGGUUUCGCACUUCUUCUUCUUCUUCUUCCUCUCAGUUCUUGGUUCGCUGUCCAGAUGCAACUGCGGCGCUGAUCCGUCUAGUCUGUCGAUUUUCUGGAUUUUACUUUCUUUGGUGGAAAGAGAAGCUUAAGACGAGAGUUAUAAAGAAGACUACCAACCCGGAAUGGAACGAUGAGUUGACCCUGUCAAUUGAAGAUCCUGAGGUUCCGAUUAGACUGGAUGUGUUUGACAAGGACACUUUCAUCGACGACGCGAUGGGCAACGCAGAGUUGGACAUCCAGCCGCUGGUGGAGGUUGUGAAGAUGAAGCUCCAGGGCGUCCCGGAGAACACCGUCGUGAAGAAGCUGGUGCCCAACAGGCAGAACUGCCUCGCCGAGGAGAGCGCGAUACGCAUCUCGGAGGGUGCGGUGAAGCAGGACAUGGUUCUGAGGCUGAGGAAUGUGGAGUGCGGGGAGAUCGAGCUCCAGCUUGAGUGGAUCGACAUCCCUGGUUCCAAGGGUGUAUAAAGCUCUGCAGCCUGCACUGGCCGUUGUUUGCAGAGUUUUCUCAAGUGGAAGCAGUUAAAGUUAGGACGACAUCGAUGUAAGAUAUGACCGUGUAGUAGAAUUUUCUGAAGUCCCAGAACUAAUUCCCCUGCUUGUUGCAUUCAGGGCGUCCUGCAGCACGCCGCAGAGCUAAUGCUAAUGCUCCAAAUCGCUGGCUGAUCUGUCUUC